ACCACCCCGCCUCGUCCGCUCUCCGUCGCUCGCCACUCAAACUACGUGCCUGUCUCUUUCGAUCUUUACUCAAGAUGCUGAUCAAGGUCAAGACCCUUACUGGCAAGGAGAUCGAGCUCGAUAUCGACCCCGAGGAUCCUGUAUCCCGUAUCAAGGAGAAGGUGGAAGAGCAAUCGGGUGUACCACCACCGCAGCAGCGGUUGAUCUACGCUGGUAGACAGAUGGCGGACGACAAGCUCGUCAAGGAGUUUAACAUCUCGGCGGGUGCUGUACUACACUUGGUCCUUGCUCUUCGUGGAGGCGCCUGGUAGAGGUUGCGAGUCGCCCGAUAUGAUAACCCAAUGAACGACCGGCGGAAGACGAUGUGAUGUACCAUGCAGUCCCUUGUGUUCGUGUUAGACAACUUCUAGCCGCAAUUGCUUUCUCUCGCUUUCAUGACAUGAUGCGUUCAACGAGGCGCUUUU